AAGUACUAUAAGCGCCAUCUGGCGUGAAAUUAACAAUUGCACCUGUAUUCAAUGGCGUCAAUUUGAUGUUUACUUUUUUACCUUAUGAAGAGAAAUAGGAUAGAAUGAGUGCUUUACAAUUAAAUAAAUUUCUUUGCUGGAAAUUAAAGAUCGCCGUAGUAGCGAUAUGUUUUUACACUGUCAUUGCUGCCGGAGUUGCAACUCUUUUGGAAAUAUUUGAUAUUGCUGACCAAUUUAGCGAUAACUUUUAUAUUAGAGGAGGUUUUGAGGCGAGAUGGAGAAUGCAUGUUUGGGAAGGAUGGUUGGCUUGUAAUAUUGUUAUGAUUGUUCUUCAUAUUAUAAUGAUUAUAACCGCCGUAAUUAUGUUCUUUGGUGUGAGACGUUUCCCGACUUUUUACGAAUUCACCCUAACCAAAGUCUAUCUCGUCUUUAUGAUUUGCUAUACAUUGGCCGAACUUGGAGUUGCCUGUUACAAGUUCUCUUGGAUAGAGGAACUUCGUUACGAAAUUACCUAUGGCGAGAAGAAACUACUAGCCGGUUCAAAGGAUAUGUUAGAUACAGCAAUGUCAAGAGCAAGAUCUGGAAUGUCAACGCCAAGAUCGGGAUUUGCAAGAGCUGGAUCGCAGCAAUUGUUAGGUGGACCAAUGAGCCAGUCGCAGGCUUAG